UCUGGUACCAACAACACGGGAGAGCCACCGGCCGUCCGGACACGGGUCUCCGGAAGUGCUGCCGUAGUUGGCGUCAGUGGACUGACAUGGUGGACGCUGUUCGCUCGGAGAAAAACGCUCUGCUGUGGGAUUUCACGGAAGAUGCUGAAGAAACGGGAGCUGCUGCUUUCCGAGAGACAACCCUCCAGUGAAGAUGAGAUCAUGGUCCCAGUACUAACCUCCAGAAAAGCCAGUGAACUCCCUGUCAACGAAGUAGUGUGUGUCCUGCAGGCCGACCUGCAGCUGGGUCUGACCCAGGAGGAGGUGAGCCGGAGGAGAGCCUACCACGGCUGGAACGAGUUCGACAUCAGCGAAGAGGAGCCGCUAUGGAAGAAAUACAUCUCACAGUUCAAAGAUCCUCUCAUCCUGCUGCUGCUGGCGUCGGCCGUCAUCAGCGUUCUCAUGCACCAGUUCGAUGACGCCAUCAGCAUCACUGUGGCUAUCAUCAUCGUAGUGACCGUGGCCUUUGUCCAGGAGUACCGCUCAGAGAAGUCUCUAGAAGAGCUCGGCAAGCUGGUGCCUCCAGAAUGUCACUGUAUCAGGGAGGGGAACCUGGAGCACCUGCUGGCUCGAGAGCUGGUUCCCGGAGACACUGUCUGUCUGUCAGUGGGAGAGAGAGUCCCAGCAGACCUCCGCCUGUUCGAGGCGACCGACCUGUCUGUGGAUGAGUCCAGUCUGACGGGGGAGACCACCCCCUGCUCCAAAUCCACCUCCCACCAGCCGGCAGCCACCAACGGAGACAUGGCGUCCCGCAGCAACAUCGCCUUCAUGGGGACACUUGUGCGCUGUGGCAAAGCCAAGGGCAUCGUCAUAGGAACCGGAGAGAACUCUGAGUUUGGAGAGGUGUUCAAGAUGAUGCAAGCAGAAGAGGCUCCUAAAACUCCGCUGCAGAAGAGCAUGGACCUGCUGGGAAAGCAGCUCUCUCUGUAUUCCUUUGGCAUCAUAGGGGUCAUCAUGCUGGUGGGUUGGCUGCAGGGGAAGAGGAUCCUGGACAUGUUCACCAUCGGUGUCAGUCUGGCCGUAGCUGCCAUCCCGGAGGGUUUGCCCAUCGUGGUGACGGUGACGCUGGCGCUCGGCGUGAUGCGUAUGGUGAAGAAAAGAGCCAUCGUCAAGAAGCUGCCCAUCGUAGAAACUCUGGGCUGCUGUAAUGUGAUCUGUUCAGACAAGACAGGAACUCUGACCAAGAACGAGAUGACCGUCACUCAGCUGUUCACGUCAGACGGACUCCACGCUGAGGUGACGGGCGUCGGCUACAACGGAGCAGGAGAGGUUUUACUGGAUGGAGAGAUCAUCCACGGCUUCUCCUGCCCUUCAAUGAGCAAGAUUGUGGAGGUCGGCUGCGUGUGCAACGACUCGGUGAUCAGGAAUCACACUCUGCUGGGUCGACCGACAGAGGGAGCGCUCAUCGCCCUCGCCAUGAAGAUGGGGCUGGAGAGCCUGCAGCAGGAGUACGUCCGUCUGGAGGAGCAUCCCUUCACCUCGGAGCAGAAGUGGAUGGCUGUUCGCUGUGUUCACCGCACCCAGCAGGACAAGGCUGGCGUUUACUUCAUGAAGGGAGCGUACGAGCAGGUGAUUCGCUUCUGCAGCUCCUACAACAGCAGAGGGGCCGCACUGCCUCUCACCCACCAGCAGAGGGAGCUGUACCAGCAGCAGAUCAGCUACAUGGGCACCGCGGGACUGAGAGUGCUGGCGUUUGCGUCUGGCUCAGAGAUGGGGAACCUGACCUUCCUGGGUCUGGUGGGCAUCAUCGACCCUCCCAGGUCAGGGGUCAAAGAAGCAGUGGGGACCCUCAUCAGCGCCGGCGUCGCCAUCAAGAUGAUCACUGGAGACUCCCAGGAGACCGCUGUGUCUAUAGCCACUCGUCUGGGUCUUUACUCUAAAGGUUGUCAGUGUUUGUCUGGAGAGGAGGUGGAUCAACUGGACCUGCAGCAGCUUUCACACAUCGUCCCCAGAAUCGCCGUGUUUUAUCGAGCCAGUCCCAGACACAAGCUGAAGAUCGUUAAGUCUCUCCAGAACAUCGGCGCCGUCGUGGCCAUGACGGGUGACGGUGUGAACGACGCCGUGGCUCUAAAGGCCGCUGACAUCGGCGUGGCGAUGGGCCAGACAGGCACCGAUGUCUGUAAGGAGGCGGCCGACAUGAUCCUGGUGGACGACGACUUCCAGACCAUCAUGUCAGCCAUCGAGGAAGGAAAAGGAAUUUAUAACAACAUCAAAAACUUUGUGCGCUUCCAGCUGAGCACGAGCAUCGCAGCGCUCACGCUCAUCUCCUUGGCGACGCUGAUGAACUUCCCUAACCCGCUGAACGCCAUGCAGAUCCUGUGGAUCAACAUCAUCAUGGACGGACCGCCAGCUCAGAGUUUGGGUGUGGAGCCCGUGGACCGGGACGUGAUCAGAAAACCUCCUCGUAACGUGAGAGACCGCAUCAUCACCCGCAGUCUGAUCAUCAAAAUCCUGGUGUCGGCGCUCAUCAUCGUCUGUGGGACUCUGUUCGUCUUCUGGAGAGAGUUGCAGGACAACGUGAUCACUCCUCGAGACACCACCAUGACCUUCACCUGCUUUGUCUUCUUCGACAUGUUCAACGCUCUGAGCUCGCGGUCUCAGACUCGUAUGGUCCAUGAGAUGGGUCUGUGCAGUAACAGGACGUUCUGUUACGCCGUCCUCGCCUCCAUCAUGGGUCAGCUCCUCGUCAUCUACUUCCCUCCUCUGCAGAGCAUCUUCCAGACGGAGAGUCUCAGCAUCUUCGACCUGCUGUUCCUGGUGAGCCUCACCUCCUCGGUCUGCGUCGUGUCUGAGGCCAUUAAGAAGGUGGAGAGGUGGAGGGGGGUGGAGAAGAGCCCACCUGCUGACUGCUUCCAUGAAGUAUGACCCCCCCCCAGUCCCCGCUGUCUGGGCCGAAGGACUCUGAGGUUGGGAGGAAGAGGAGGCGGAUGAAGGUGAUGGGAGUGUGACGGGUUGUAGGAUCUCACAACUGAUGGCACUGACUAAUUAAGACUGUAAGGACGUGUGGGAUUUUCCUGUGAGAUUCUCAGGCAGGUGGAGAAACUCUGGUCUGGGACUGGGGGGGACUCUCUGGGGGGAAUAGCGAACUGGACUUUGAUUAAACUGGGAAGAAGAGGAGAUGGCUGCUGGGAGAUCUGUACGACUGAACCUCGCGGCGUCUGUCCCCCUCGUGCCCCUCACAGGCCGGGGCCGACCACACCUUCCCGCCCUGAACUGGCUGGUUGUUCAGGAUGUAAGAAACCCCCCUGACAAAUCAAAGGCUAGAGACCUGUGCAAUCCUUCGUGUCCUCUUCCGGUCCUCUUUUUUUAAUCUGUCGUUCUGAAGGCGCUGACCACCGUUCAGCCUGCUUCUCACGGCUGAACCCGGUGACGUCAAACACACAGGACGACCUGUUUUAAUUCCUCUGAUGGUGGGUUUACAGCACAGGGAGGAGGCGUGACGGUGCAGACACACUCACGGUUUCACACUCAAGCUUUAUGUCCAGUGAGGACAAAAAGAAAAACUAACGUCCUGAGUUCUGCUGUAAAAAUCAAGGUGCAGCUCAGGCACAGAUAUACAUAUAAAUAUCAUUUGGAAUAAAUCAUAAUAAUACGAAGAGCUUCUAGUUCUAACAUGAAAAUGACCCUGUAGAAAAAAAACUAGAGAUUCGAUCACUAAACUAAAAAGCUUCACCACAGGUCGAGUUUCCCGUCGCGGGUCAGAUCAGAUGAUGCAGCGCGUUAAAACGGUCCAAUCAGUGAGCUCUCCGUCAGGCACGUGACCCGACGCUAAAGUUUGACCGACAAAAUAACGAACCAUAAAGACUCGCUUCGUUUUAUCUUUCCGGUCUGAGGUCGAACCUGCGUCAGAGCAGCUGAGAGGGACUGAAUGUCCCGUGACACGUCACCGUGACACCUCCUCUACGUGCGCGUGUUUCCGUUUCUCAUCCGUACUUUACGUCUCGUGCUUCUGACACGGAGCAGCUGCUGUGUGAAGGUCCCUCCGUGGGAGUGGACACGCUGAUGAUCACUGUGGAGCUGGGCCUCUGAAAGCCCCGUCGGUAGCACAUCAGCGCCCACACGGUGGCUCCAGGGUUCGGACACAGCUUCUUCGGUUACCGUGCUCUCUCAUCCCGUGCCUUAAGAAUUGUCUCCACCGCGGUGGACAGACACGCCCUUUACUGACGGAGGGCUCUUCUGUCCAAUCGGUUUCAGCACUUAAAUGAUUUUAAAAAAGAAUCGACCCCAAAUUUUAGAAACGUUUUUUAUUUUCCGACUUUAUUUUGUCAGAUUUCUCUCCGUCGUUUAAUCGGGCUUUACUUCCUCCUCUUCGGUCAGUGUGAAGCAGCCGCCGUGCUUUCUGGGAAAUGUGGUUUACUGGAUGUUGCUGUUGAAAGUCUGCUCUGUUGAUGUUUUUUAUUUAUUUCCAAAGGCACAUGUAGACAGGCUAAAAAACACGGACUCCGGAAGGAGGGAAGCCCUUCACUCUGCCGCUGCCUUCAAAAUAAAAUCCUCUUUUAUGUCAUUUUGCGACUGUUGAUAUUUCCUGUUUUCAGUUUGAAAUGAAAGAUGAUUUACCUGAUGUGGAAGCAGCAGCAGAGUGCAGGUUCUUCCCCUCUGAUCUGUACCACGCAGCUUUUUAUUAUGUCAGUAAGAAACUUCAAGAAUUAAACAUGAGGUUUUAUUUCUGACGUCGGAGAUAUUAAAGGUUGUUUUUGAUUUUUUUUUAACAGCCUGAGUCUUAUUUUUGUAGCUUUUCCAUCCUUCCUGUUGGUCCUGAUGACGCCUGGACCCAACAUCAGCAUCAGGUCUCAGCUCAGCCGGUCACAUAAAGACAACGGUAAAGUUCUUAUUGUAGAAAUCUACAGUAAAGGCCACUGAACAGGAGCUACUGAGACAUACAGAAUAAAAUGAAAGCGACGGUAGCAGCCACAGGAGUCUGAAACAAACCGGAUUUAAAGCAGGAGUUCAGACUGGAACCGAGGCUGUGGCCUCGCUGGCGUCAGGUUCAGGUGAAACAUGAAUCUGAUCCAUUAAAUCCAGUGAGUGUGAAGGUUUAGACGCCGGGGCAGGAAGUGACAGGAACUACUCUCAGCCUCAGCUGUGGUGUUCGUGCCGUGCUGCGCUGCGCCUGGCUCCAGGCCUGAGGUCGUUCUGAAUGUGUGAUGAUGCAGAGACAGAGGAGAGUGACAGGAUGUGACGUGUUCACCUGGACCCUCGUGUGGGUUUCACCUCAGUAUAAGUGGUUUGGAUCAGAGCCGCAGCGAUUAAUCGAUCGGUCGAGCAGCAGUUUUCUGAAUGGGCCAAACGAUUGAUCAGGAUCGACAGAUUAACUGAUGAUGAUCGUGAGUCUCCGUCUGGUUUGAUGUGUUGAUGCUGCUCCUGCUUCGGCUCUGCUGGACUUAAUAUGGCUAAAAUUACAACCUCAAAAUCUCUGAUGUCCAGAUGCAGCAGGGCUGAUGUUGGUCACAUGACCUCCAUCUUGUCCCGUGUCCGCCGUCUCACCUGUUUCUGAGGUGUCCUUUCCACGUGCCGCAGCCACGUGUGGUUGAAAUGUCCAACUGUGUCCUCUGCUCUGUCGUCUGUGCAGAUGUUCAGCCUGGUCUCUGUGUGAGAACUUGUCUCUGGUCUCAUCCACGUUCAUACGCGCUCGUUGUGUAAACCGUGCGCUGUGUAUCUGCUGUGUGUUGGGGCCAAACGUGACUGAUGCCAGCUCUGUUCCUCUGGAUGCCGGCGGUCUUUUCACUGCUCAGUGCUUCAGACAGUGUCUCACAAAGCAGAGCUGAUCCCCGCCCUCUCCUCUGCCGACUUUUGCGGCUGCAGUCGAGUUGAAACGAUUAGUUGAUUAAUCAGUUGUUUAACAGCUGUGUUGGUUAUUUGCAAUUUUUCAACACACAAAAUAUGAAGAUUUGCUGCUUUUCUUUGCUCUGACAUUCGGAGACGACACAUAGAGCUUUGAGAUAAGAUGAUGUGGACCCACAUGAUUUGGAGUAAAUCUGAAGCUUUGGGGUCCCUGAGGGCCCGGGACCCAUGGGUAAUCCAGCCUCGAUUAAAAUAUGCUGACAGGGCUGUCCAUUUACUUCUGGCCAUAUAGUAUACCCAUCAAUGGAGCUGAUGAUGUUUUGUUUUG